AUAACGGAUAAAACUAAAAACGUUAUCAGUAGUGUACUAAACGCUCGUUACUGUGAUGAAAUUUUGCUUAUAAAUCGGUCUAGACUAGGAAGAGGAUGUGUAGCAAUUAGUGAGGGAAUGAGGAAGAGUAAAUAGUGUGUAAGGGAUUAAAAAGGGAAGCUUUCUCGUAACAGUUGGGAUAAAACAUGACAUGGGUGCUAGGUUAUUGGCCUCUAUCAGCCUUUAGCUGACUUCGGUGUUAAGAAAAUCGAUGAACGUAUGCUUGUCGUAUCUCAGCCCCCAGCCAAUGUCCACCGAUCAGAUUUAUCUUCAACGUCUCCGACUAAAGUGCUAAAGAAAUUAUCGAAAGUUUCCCUCCUUAACCUAUUUUAAUAUAGAGAAAUCGGUUUAUACUGUAGGCUACACGUGUCGAAACGUUUUAAAAUUAUACAAAUGAAUGGUAUUGAAAUUAGUCGGAAUGUCCCCAAAAAUCCGUUUUUAAUUUGUCCAUCUCGCCCCGGCUUCCACACACACUCACUCUCUCUCACAUACACACACAAAUAUAUUUUACAAGUUAUUCUCUCUCGUCCUCCGCGAUACACUGACAUCACAGCGAUCGAUAAGUGGUGAUUCCAUUACUACAGAAGGUGGGUUGGAUUAUGUAGAGGGUAGAGGGCAAGCUGUAGGUGGGAUUUUUUUUCUCCUUCACUUUUCCUAGUGUGUGUGUGUGUGUGUGUCUUUGUGUCUUAACGUGGGUGUGUGUCCGGGUUAAAGACGUCCGAGUGAGGAAGUAAUUUAAACGGCUCAGUUUAUAUUCCUCCGCUCUAUCUGACGAAAACGAAUGCCCGAUUUUCGUACAAGGAAUUAAUGCAACCGAUUGUACGAGGCAGUAGAAGAAAAUACUUAGCAGAUGACGUAGCGUGGGUGUACGCUCCGCGGAGAAGAGUAGCAGACAACGGAGUGACUGCCAUGUCACAGACGUAGGUUUCUCUCAUGUUUGGACCUGCCUGAUAUUCUAAUGCUUCCCUUGACGCUGGCAAAUGGUUUAGUAAAUGAAACGCACAACAUUCACAGAGUGGCCUUAUACUGCCUUUUUGGGUGGUGAUUGAUGGUAGUAAAGUCGAGAGAGCGAGCAAGCAUAUGAGUAAAGAUGAAAACUAAUUCAUGUUGGUUAUCCGGCAUGUGUGGAUACUAUCCACACUUUAGGUGACCUAUCUGAUGUAAAACAGACGCCAUAAUUCUGCACACAUGACCUCGCUUGCCCAACCACCGCGUCUGCCAAAAAAGGUGAAGCACAUAAUUAAUUCUACCAUGCUUUGCUGUGGGCGCAAAAAGGAAUCAAGGGAAGCCGUGGAAUCUCAGGCAUUUGCUGAAGGGAGCGCAAGAAGAGCAGGACCCUCUCGUAGUCGAAUUGCACAUGGUCAUAUGCCAGAGAUGGUGAUUCAGAGUGAUUUUCGUAAAGUUAGCGGUAUUUCGAAUGAAAUCUUUCGUCAGAUAGAGGCUGUGGAGAAUGACUUUGAUGCUACAACGGCUGCUCACUUGGAAGCUGUUGAGAAGCGAGGUGAAAUGAUCAUAAGACUUCUCGACCCAUGCACACUGGGUCGAGCAGGAGCUGAAGCUUGUAAAAAGUAUCUAUGUGCAGCCGAUAGCACACACAUAGUACAGUUUGUUGAGAUAAUCAAAAGACCAGGACAGACCCUUGGUUUAUAUAUACGAGAAGGUGAUGGUAUCCGUUGUAACGAAGGAGUAUUCAUAUCACGCAUUGCACUGGAAAGUGCCGUUUAUAAUAGUGGAUUAUUAAAAGUGGGUGAUGAAAUCUUAGCUGUUAAUCUCGUUGAUGUUAGAAGAAUGAGUUUAGACGAUGUGGUAAUCAUCAUGUCGAUACCUAGAAGGCUAGUAUUGACCAUACGUUCGAGAAUCUGUGGCAAAGCAUCCGCCGCUGCUGCUGCUCGCAAAAGUGCUUUGGAAGUGAGACCUCCCAUAGUGGUUAUGAAGAAAGAAGUCCAGGAAGAUAUCAUGGACGACAUGAACAGUAAUAGUGAAAACGGUGCACUAAUCAGGGCACGCACUAAAGGACUUCCGGCCGACAUCCCAGCUGUGGCUGUUUCGCUGGUCGGUACAGAACCUCAUCCGGUGUGCCACGAGGACCUUUAUUAUAAUUCACAACCACGUGGUCAUCGCAUAGCUAAACUGCCAGAAACCCGUUUGGAUGAACAAAUGUGGACAAGAAGGAUGGGAAAAAUCCAUCCACCGCCCUCAGUGGUAACAGCGCAACCCAAAACGCAUCCACGCUAUCCAAAGACGCUCGAGAGCCUAGCCGAACAGGUGCACACAUUUUACGGUCCCCCGACUCGGCACCCAUCCACCGAAGCCAGAAGGACCAGGUACCCGUCGCACUCCCUUAUAUACCAGAGACCAGAACGCAGCACCACUGCCAGACAUCGUUACUGGGACGAAUACAGUUCAUCUCUUAGAAGAUCCCGUCUGCUACGCACGGAAAGCGAGCAGAGAAUACCCAGCCUGGGGGAUGAAACUUACGAUAGGUAUACGUCUCGCACUCUCCGACCCACUUUUAGGGGCCCUUUAUCUAUGCAACACCGUGGGAGGGUAAGGCGAUACGAAGAUGUUCCUCAACACGUUGGCAUCCUUCGUCGCCGAUCGGUAAUCGAAAGCGCUUCCGAUACCGAAGUGCAAUCGGGUGGUGCCAAAGACUACUUCCUGACGAGACAGAGAAGUCUCGGUAGGGCUGCACCACCCAGGAGAUAUAGUCACGGUCGGAGCAACUCACUGCCACGUGCUUCUGUUCAGGAUCGUAGACAUAGGCAGUCAGUCAGGUUCGAGAAGACGACCCUGCCUUACGAUUCGCAAGAAGAUAGUGAUGGUGCCGUAUCCGCUCCAGAGCUUCCAUUAUCUAAAUCUGUUAGAAGAGGAGGAGGUCUACACGGCACAUCACCAAAUGUAUUUACUUCGAUGGAAUAUCGUUCCUGGUUGAGCCGAACACCUUCUACAUCAGCAAUAUACGAUCGUGUAAGAAGAGGGAAGGGAAUUCGGCACCUUCCUCGUAUUGCCCACAGCGCCGAAAGUUUGUUGGACACGCUGAGAAAGGAGGAACAACGCUCAGCAUACACGACAGAUUUUCUUCCACGCAGAUCUCUUCUAAGAAUUCCUACAGACCCUCUAACCCACUCUUACCCCUUGGAAUUCUGGAGGCAAGUUCCACAUCCCACCCCGUUGGCACCGGAAGACAGACUUCAUCUACUAACUUUAAAUCCUAGAGAGUUUUUUAAAUAUAAACCCGAGAAAGAUAGCGAAGCCGUACUUCGAACAGACGGUUUUAGUGGUCUUCUAUGGGUUCAUCUUUUAGGGGGACGAGGACUCCGGCCUACGAGUCACAGCGACCAUUUUCGAGAUUUAUAUUGUGUGAUCGAAUGCGAUCGAGUACAUAAAGCCAGGACAGGUGUUAGACCUGGCGAACACAGCUUCGAUUGGGACGAAAUGUUCGAAUUGGAUUUAGUAGACAACAGUGAAAUAGCAUUUUUGUUGUACAGCUGGGAUCCACAAUAUAGACACAAACUGUGCUAUAAAGGCACAAUUCAUCUUCUAACACUUUUAAGAGAAUCUCCAGUACACAGUUUAGCGCUGAGACUCGAACCCCGUGGUACUCUCUACCUCAAGUUACGUUAUCGUGAUCCACGACAGACAUUUCAACGUAUACCGCCUUUAACUGAUACAGGUGUAUUUGGCAUCGAUUUAGAAACGAUAAUAUUAAGAGAAAAUUCGGGUUUUGGUGUACCACUCAUUAUCAAGCGAUGUGUAGAAGAAGUGGAAAAAAGGGGGCUCGAUAUCGUCGGUAUAUAUCGACUGUGUGGAUCUGCUGUCAGGAAGAAGAUUCUACGUGAUGGCUUCGAACGGAAUGCAGUUUUGGUUGACCUUUCUGCCGAACACGUUCCCGAUAUUAACGUCGUGACCAGUUUAUUAAAAGAUUAUCUUCGCGAAUUGCCAGAACCCCUUUUUACCAAAGGUUUAUUUGACAUGUUAGUCGAUGGUUUAUCCGUCUGUUUACCAGACGAUCCUGAAGGCAAUGCCAAAUUAAUGUUCAGUAUCCUCGACUGUUUGCCCAAAGUAAAUCGGUGCACGGUGCUCUUUCUGAUGGAUCAUUUGAAACUAGUGACAACCCACAGCGAUCGAAAUAAGAUGAAUCCUCAAAAUCUGUCACAAUGUUUCGGACCUGUCGUUAUGUGUCAUACCGAGACGGGUGCUCCAGUUAUAAAUCUUCGAAAGACCAUUGAAGUCUUCGCUUUUCUGUUAGAAAUUUGGCCAGCCAAAAGAGUCGCCCUCGGGAGUGGCAGCAGCGAAUCAAGUGGCAAUGAGCCUCCUGAUCAAUCAAUGGGUCAAGAUACACUUAAGAAAUCGGUGACAUGGGUUGGCCAACGUAUUCUUCCAGAAUCAUCCUGUUAAUGUUUCAUGUGCCAUAUAGUUUGUGAGGCCACAACUUCUCCUUAAUAAACCCAUUUCCCCAUCCUAACACAUACCAAUCCCUUCAGCCCCCUUCAGAACACAGCAUCGCGUUUGUUAGUAUGUUUUAAUCUUCACAGUCCAGUGGUGAAUGUUGAUUUUUUCAGUCAGAGAAGAAAAAAAAAUCGUUAUUUCCAAUUGUUAUCUCAUGUAUUCUCCUAGCAGGGAGUGUUUGAUAUGAGAUACUUUAAGUACCAGUCCUGUUAUAAUGGUAUUGUACGUUUUUUGACAAGUGUACAAAUAAAAACAAAAAAUCUGGUGAUCAACUGUUUAAUAAUUCUGGUAUUUAUUUGAUUUUUCCUAUUUUUAUUAAAGAAUUACACGUCCCAUAUGGCGUAAACCCCGUCCUAUAAUUGAAAUACCGAUAUUAUAAUCUCUAUUGGUUGAUUUAAAUUCGAAAAAAAACGUCUCAAUAACGCCUGA